GAAAAUCCGUUCACUUGCUUUCCGUUUGUUUUUUCAGUGAUCCUAAAACAGUAAAUGACAAUACGGUUUGGAUUCGUGAGUCAUAACAAUUAUGUGGAUUUGUCGUACAUUGUAUGAUUGUACUAUAUUAUUAAAACGUAAAAGCUUAUCUCCUUGACAUGCUCCUAAGACCUCUUUCGACGGCAUGUUUGUCUCCUUUGAGUCGGCUUUGACGCACUGGGAUUGUUUGAAAAUUACUCGAACCAUGCCAUAUCCUUUUGGGCAUUUUGAUUGCUACUGAACUGCCCUACAAACCACAAGUGACAAGUCCUGUACUCGGCUUACUUCGAUCAGUUCGAUGCCGAUGAUUUUGGUUUGAAAUUCUGACAUCAGCUUUGCUUUCUGGAAGAGAAUUCGGCAUGGAUUACAUUCGCAGCAAUUUGCCCAGUAUAUUUCGUGGACAAAAGCGUUUGACGGAGUUGAUUCUACCUUUUAUGUACACGGUCGUCCCAGGCAGCGAGAAUGACUACCUGGCUGCCAGUCUUUGCAAAUUCAAAGCACCCUUUGCCGUCUACGCCAAACCGAUUGGAGAGAAGCCUGCAAAUUUAGAUGCGGAUGCUGUGAGAAAGUUAUCCGUAAUUUAUGAUCUGGUUCUCCUUGGUCCGAACUGCGUGUUUUCCAUCUUCCGCUCUCCAUCCCAGGAAAAAGUAAACGAAGAAUUCGACGUGCUGUUUCCUGCCGUAAACCAGCUUAGUCAAAUCGAUGGCAUUCCGGAUUUUUGGCAUCCCGUGACUGUGAAAAAUGUAUGCAGUUUCACUUCGGCUAACAAAGACUGGCCGACUGCGCACAUCGCCACGUUUUUUGGUUGGAUGGAAGCCUGGAAAAGUGAAGCCAUAAUUCAAAAUCUUGAUUUACCAAACCCUGCAAAUGGAGAAGUUCCUCUGCAUGUUGCUGUGAAGAGAAGCCACAUGGAUCUAAUUGUGCGCUUUUUGGAACUGAAUUGCCGGUUAGACAUCGUGAACAACAUGGGUGAUACAGUCUUUCAUUACGCGGCCACCUCAUCUCCAGAAAUCAUAAAGAUUCUCGGAGCUAAAUGUUCUCCCGUGAUCAACGCUGUAAAUCACGCUGACCAAUCUCCAUUGCUGCUGGCGUGCAUGGCAGCUAAGCAGGACUGUAUAGAAGCACUGUUUUCCGUUGGUGCGGAUUUGGCUCAGAAUGGCAUCGUUCCUGUUAAUUCAACCCCGGCUUCCAAAUCUCUGCAAAUGCAGUGCGCUGAAUCUCUGUGCAAAGUUUACCCUGACCUCUUGGAUCCAAGCGGUAUUAAAUUCGGAGGCGGACCGCUUCACUGGUGCAAGACAAAGGCUGGAACUAUGCGCUUUAUACUUUGUAACGUUAAUGUUGAGAGCAGGAAUGACCUGGGAGAGACCCCUUUGCACCUUAUGGUAAUGCGGUCAAGGCUGGACUGCGCUAUUGUGUUAUUUAGUCAUGGAGCGAAAAUUGAUGUGGUCGACUAUAAAGGCAACACUCCUCUCCAUACUGCCGUUUUCUACGGGUCUCUGGACAUUGUGAAAGCGAUGGUGGUCUUCGGAUCGGAUAUGACCAUACCAAACAAAAUGGGUGAUACAGCGCUUCAUCUGGCUGAUACAUGUGCCUUGUCGAAGCGACGAGAUGAGCUGCUUAUGGCUUUAAGUAUUGCCACGGGUUCGGUUACGGCGUCGAAUACCUUUUCUCCUCUUAUACAAAAGUAUCGCAGUCAGCUUCAUGACGAAAUGAAAAAGCAUGGUCAACUUCCGGACGAAAAUCUCCCUGCGGGCCUUGAAUUUCUGGACGACAGUUGGGACGAGACAUCUGCUGUGGAUGAAGACGAUGAUGGAAUGGACGAUUCAGUAGUCGUUCUAGGACCAAAACGAAAGUGUAGAGUGUUAUGUUUGGAUGGCGGAGGGAUUCGAGGUUUGGUGUUAAUUGAAUUGCUUAUGGCUGUGGAAGAUAUGGUCAAACGUCCACUGUCGGAGUGUUUUGACUGGGUUGCUGGAACCAGUACCGGCGCAUCCAUUGCUCUCGCUUUAGCUACAGGAAAAGAUAUGCGUCAUUGUAUGGCUUUGUACUUUCGCAUGAAAGACAAAAUCUUUGUUGGAUCCCGCCCUUAUCCGGCUGAAACAUUUGAGAGCGUUUUACAAGAAGAAUUUGGUGCUGACAGAAAAAUGACCGACAUUGUUGGCACAAAAGUGCUGAUUCCAAGUCUCCUGGUCGAUCGUCAUCCCCCGGCACUGCAUAUGUUUCGAAAUUACGAUCAUCCGGUGCGACCGAAUCACAUUGAAUCCAUUCCUACGAAAAGUGGUCCCAAAGUAUUAUGCAAGCCGUUGGAGCCUAAGGAUCAACUGAUUUGGCGUGCGGCGAGAGCUUCGGGCGCUGCGCCAACGUAUUUCCGGUCGGCAGAAAACUUUUUGGACGGCGGUUUGAUGGCCAACAAUCCAACGCUGGAUUGCUUAACGGAAAUUUUUGAUUAUAAUGCAUAUUUAAAAAAUCAGGGUCGAAAAAGCGAAGUUCAAGAAAUUUUGUGCGUGUUGUCCUUGGGAACAGGACGUCAACCUAUGUUGGCUGUUCCAAGUAUUGAUGUUUACUGGCCUGAAAGAUUCUGGGAUGCCGCCAAAAUUGGACUGAACGCUUCUGCUCUGGGCAGACUUAUAAUUGAACAGGCUUGCCAGAGCGAGGGCCGCGUUGUGGAUAGAGCGCGCGCCUGGUGGUGAGUGAAAUUAUUGACAGACAGAAUGGAAUGAAUCUCGAAUCAUUGGUCUUGAUGUUUCAGUGAAUCGCAUAGUAUUCCCUUCUUCCGGUUUAGUCCUCAAUUCUCCAGAGAAAUACCUCUCGACUGCACGCACGAUGAAACGCUGAUUGAGAUGCUGUGGGAAACGAGAGCGUACAUUGAGAGCGAGCAUGUUAAACUUCGACGACUGGCCAAACUAUUACGCCAACGCGUUUGAAGAAUUUAUAGCUUUUACAAAAGUGUCGCAGAAGUCUUUCACGAAUUCAUUUUGUAUUGAAUAUGCAUUUCUAGCCCAGUGGGUUGCUUUGUCAGCUGCGUUGUAAUGACUUCUGGAUGUUUAUCAUUCAUUAGCAGAGCUGCCAAAAAUAACUUCGCAGAAAAAGUGUUUCGUGAUAUGUAUGUGUCCUGGCCAGAAUUGGUUUAGCGUCAGUCUUUGAGACCGGUGUUUCGCAUAAAGUUUUGGU